AUGGAGUACUUGAAGUUAGGGCACAUGGAAACAAUUGGACAAUUCAAUGAAACCCAAUCCAACGAAUAUUACAUACCUCACCAUGCAGUCUUCAAAAGCACCAGUAUAACCACAAAGCUACGAGUAGUGUUUGAUGCAUCUACUAUAUGUUCAACAGGGAAGUCUUUAAAUGACUUGCUCAUGAAAGGUCCAGUUGUCCAACCUACUUUGUAUUCCACACUGUUGCGUUUUCGAGUCCAUCAAGUAGCCCUCACAGCAGAUAUCGAGAAGAUGUAUCGACAAAUACUGAUUCACAAUGACGAUUGUUAG